CUGCUGUUUAAGUCAAUACUUCUGACGUUGACUGUUAGUUUCGUUCUUAUCCUUCCUGGUUCUGUGAUCCAUAGGUCAAUCUGUCGUUGUGGCUUUGAUUGAGGGAAUGAUGAAUCGGGUAAGCGGGAUAUUUAUAUGUUGAGAACACUUCGAGCUUCUGAAAGCGAUUUUGUGAAAUAACACUCAAUCGUUUCCGGGAUGUAGCUCAGCUUAUUUCGUAUGUCAGUCUGUUAACUAAACGAUAUAUUUUCAAAAUCGAAUGGGUUCUAAAAUGUACAUGGAAUAAUUCCAUACCUAGGGAUCGUUUUAAUCUUCUGUGAAUACGAUGCUAUAACUGAAGCUCUUGCAAACAUCAAUUUUACACUAUACAAUAGAAGCACUGACGUCAAAGCUGUGGCUGACAUGGUUUGACAGUAACAGUUCACAUACCGCUUCUGGACUUCGUAAGUAAUAUACCUGACGAAGUUGUAGGCUGGUGUCGAAUCUUUCGUAAAUGGCUCCAGCUUACAAUUUUUGAGAAGUCCUCAGAAGUACUAAGCGGGAUUAAUCAUAAAGUAUAAUUGUCCCUUCCUGUUCACUUGCCUCCUGCAACGUAUUGUAUUUUGACAUAAAUCAUACUAGUAAUAUCCAGUGGUUCACAACUAAGUGUUAAAUAUAAACAACAGUCACCAAUCAGAUGUCAACAGUUCGAUAUCCUCUUGAUUGUUCAUUCUAAACUUUAUCCACGACCAUUCUUAAAGGUUAUAUAUUUUCAUGGUUACACUGAUGUAAAUAAACUAGAUGAUCUAACUAAACUUGGAUGGAACUGACGUACUUUACGUCUUUAGUGUAAACGCGUUUGUGUUAGACUUUAAGUUUGUUUAUCACUGUCGUUCUUAGGUGUGAUUUCAGACCCUGAAUAUAUAUCCAUGUACGUUCACUACUGCUUGCGGGCAGAACCGCCUCAAAACUCGCUUGUUAGGAUUAGUAGCAUUAUUGAUAAUCCCUUGACCUAGUUCGACUCUAACACCACCUGUUAGGUAAACACUUUAUGUUACUUUCGUAUUGCUACAUUAGCACUAGGAUUUAGCUAUCGUUUGAGUGUAUUCUAAGGUGAACGACCUUUAAACGACGCCUGAGUGUCCACCUAAUAACUACGACCAAACGAGGGUUAUAAACCAGUGUGGGGAAUUAGAAUUAUGAUUCACAGUUUGCGGUUAAGGUUAUAAAUUAGAUUUACGGUUUUCAUCGCGGACUGACAUAAGGUUGAAUGCCAGAACUCUAUUUAGCCAAAUGAAUUAGUGAGUUCCGUGCAUAAAUCCGAGAUCUGUUAUGUUAUAACCGAUUGAUUCGUCCAUAAAUUAUAGUCUCUCCGUCUUCUAACUAGGUUUUCACAUAAACAUCCUUCAUAGAAUGAUUAGUUACAUCGAUUUCCACUUAUUGAGUUUAGGUACUGGGAUAUAUGGAUGUGUUCGCACUAGACAAGAUAGUUCAUGAUUACUCACUGUAUUCAUUGUUAACAACCGGCUCCAUUUGCGAUAGGUCUUUCUUAGGACCUAGGAACACUACCUGAUAAUCAUAUUCUGAUCUUUGUGUAGAUUCCAUUAUUCUCUUGACUAAUAAACUAGUAUUGACGUAUAAUAUUACUGUAAAAGUCGAGUAUGACCUAAAAGUACCUAAGUUUCCGUGGUUGGGAUCCCUGCAGUCCUUAUAAAUUGGCUGAAAUUCCUGUUCAAAUGGAUGUCAGCAUGUAUACAUUAUCUGCAGUUUUUUGCGAAGUUUAAAAUAUCGAAAUUGCCUACGGGUUGUGGGUGUAUGUAUAUGUAGUAUCAGGGCGUCUGAAAGGUAUUACUACAGAAAUUGCAAGCAUUCACUAAUCUAAGUGAUACGUGUCUCAUUUUUAUGUUAUAAACAGUUCUGUCGAGCAGUUUACACUGAGGAAAAUAACUUAUGAAGUGUAUAUUGAUGGCAUUUAUGAGUGAGAGCUAAUACCUCUUUCAAAUCGACUGAAAUAAACAACCAGUACCUCAAUUGCAGUUUACAUGAUGGAGGUAUUGUCUACGGAAUUGAGAGGUUGAGAUGCGAAUGUCCGGCGCUUUAACCAGGUUGGUGGAUGUGGAGGAUCCACCUAGGGGAGUUGGGACACAUUCCAAACUCAUGGUGCACAUAGGCUCCAAUAUCCUGAGGGAACAAAUGGCGUAUGAACCAAUUAUUGGUCACUAGCUACCAUGGAACUGCAUCUCCUUACGAUGCUCCACUGCCUUGUUGAUUCGACCUUUAGGUCGAAGGCUCCUAGUGUGGCCCCCUAAAAAGACCCACUUGCUUCAGUCUGGAUACGGGCAGUACCACAGCCCACAUACAAAUCAAAUAAAAUUUUUGUGGCGCACGUGUUUUGGAUAUCCCUUUGUACCAAUAUUUAUGUUGACGGAGACUAAAUUAUUUUUAUUAGGCCCGAAUGGUAGAAAUUUCGGGAUUUUCAGUCCAAAUUAUGAUCACAGUCGUAGUGUUUUCGUGAAUUAGGUAUGUUCGAUGUCAUUUGUGCAUCAUUAUGGUUCAUUUAAAGUGACAAUCCAAAAUAGUUCGUGUGGAAUAUUCGUGUUCGUUAGUGUCAUUGAUGCAUCCUUUAAAAUACCCACAGACUAAUAAACAGUAUAUUGAUGAUUUGAAAUUUUAUUAGCAGGUGUGAAUAUGAUUAGCAUUUAAUUGUAACUCUUACGAUAUAUGAACGUAAACGGGAUCAAGUGUACACUGGAUGUCAUUUUACACUAAAUAUUACUAGGCCUUAGACGUGUAUGGAAUGAAAGCUUUGUAAGCUGUCAUUUAAAUCGAUCGUGGUGUAUCUGUCCCACUUAUGUCAUUCUAUGAAUUGUUUUGCUUUUGGUUGUAACCAUAUUCUCAUUCGAAUUCGCUUUCCAAUCUUGUGUUUAUGAUGUGUGCACACCAGUUAGUUUACUAGUCUGGCUAAAUGUCACCUGCGUGUGUUACUCGCUACAAGCUUUGCAGUGCCAUAUGCGGAAAAAAUAAAGGAAAUUCGACAGAAGUACAACUAGUUCCCUGUCCAUAUGUGUGCAGUACGUUCACAAGGGAUUGUAGAUGUCACAUCACUCCCUCAGUUUAUUCCAGCAUUUUACGUCACAGGAUCGGGGGCUUUCAUAUGUUAUAAAGUACAUGAUUUGAGUUUAUUUGUUUUGGAUUACCAAGACUACUCGUCAACCUGGAUUUUUGGAUUAGUAUACUCAGCCUUCUCAUUUAGUAAUACAUAAAAACGAGUCGGUUAACUACGAAGUAGAUUCUGGUACAUAUGUACAUCAGUUCAAGUUCCAAUACCCCAUUACCAAAGAUGAAAUUGUCACGUCAGAGCUCAAAAUACUAGCGGUAGUAACGGUAUAAGUGGUGAUAUAAAGAAUAAGCACGGAAGAUAGGAUUCAAGAGAGUAUAUAUUUCUAAUGUAGAGACAGAAAAAGGGAGUUAUGAGGCAUUGAAGGGGAAAAACUCGUGGUGUUGUCGACUAGUGACAACUUUCCGCCAUUAGAUCUUAGGUUUGAAAACCCACGCUUUUAUUGGAACAGCUGCAAAACAUGUGACUAGAAACAAAUACUUAAACUUGUAUGUAAACUAAAAUGGAAAAACAACGUAGCGACUCGGUUAGAUAUAAAAUACGUCUUUUUGUAUUGAGUAUUUCUCCGCGAUCACUAAUUUCUGUUCUUUAUACAUAAUGCUUUAUUAAGCUCGAAGUCCCCGUCGUAAAAGUCAUGAUAAGUGAGUAAAUACUAAACAAACGGUGUGUAGUUCUGUUCCAUUGCAAACUGACCACUUGAAAACUACGACUGAACACUAGCAACUGCAAAUGGUGUACGGCAAACAUACCGAAGUUACCGAGACGUUUCACGUUAAAGUCACUGUAUGUAAACAUUUCCCCACUCAUUUCAUUUUUUUAUGCCUUAAUUUUGGUUUUUGAGAUCACGACAGCAUCAGUAGUAGUACGGACUGACUUUUCAUGAAAUAAUUUGUAUUUGCCAGUAUAGAAAAAGGGAAAAUUGUUUCACAUCCACUGAUGUUAAUGAAGUUAAUCAUUAUCUAAUUUCCAAACCCUGAUUAGACAAAGUUUUAAGUGGUGGUCAGAUGAAGUAUUUCUUAUUAAGACUAGUAAAAUAUAGCUCAUUAUAUUCUGUGACAUUUAAUGGAAAAAUUUUGUUCAAUGCAUCUGACUGGUUUUCAGUCCUUUAUGAGGGUAUUUGUCUGUCAGGUAUUUUUUUAUAUUUAAUAUGGUAAUUUUCCACCAGUUUAUGCAAACUUGAUUAUCAAUUUAGCUCGCUAAAACUCUUUUUCAGCUUUUAAUCCCACCCAGUGUUCACAAUCGCCACCGCAUAUGGCUGGAUUCAUCCCGUCCAUGACGAGUGGUUUCUCUGGGUUUCACUUCGUACAUAAACUUCGAGAACUUAUUACGUGAAUAACCAUCCCGAUUUCAUUUCAUUUUCACUGUAUAUUUAAGCAAACUGUAUUCCUGUUUUCGGGUAUUCAUUCUUUUCUAAUUUUAAUUAACAAGCAUUACACAUAGUUUUGCCUUACAUCAUUUUUAUGAAAUGUCAGAUUAUUUGUUUUCUGCGAAGUUAUGCUCUCGGGGUUUUCAUCAACAAAUGUGUGCUUCCAAAAGGAUUUAACUGACAUCAACCUUUUUUCUCACAAACAGUCUAUUAACAAUUCACUCAGAACUACUGACCGAUUUCAAAAUGAUUUUUCUUUAGUUUUCAUUUAAAUGGUAGGAUAAUUCAUUUCAACUGAAUAGGCGCCAACAACACCUAUCUGUCAUGAAUGCUGGACGAUAAUUACUAACAUUCCUAAUUUAUGUAAAAAGUAACGAUGCCAAAAUAAUGUUCAGGAUCGUAUUCUUCCACUGAUUUAAAUGACAGUUGAAUAUCGGAACUAGGCUACGAAGAUUGCUACACAUUACAUUUACUACGGUGUAUAGGAGUUUACAACUUGGUAAAUCAAUUUGACGAAUCUGAAAAGAGGUACACAGUGCCUGGUUGACAUUGCGCGUAUUCCCAGCGUAGCUAAUUCCAAAAAUGUGCUGUAAAGAUUGAGCUCAACACGUUUAUCUACUAAGAUGCAUUUGAGGUUUACCUGAGUAACUUGUGCUACAUUGCCCCAAAGUCAGGCACAUCUCCAAAGGUCCUAUUGAAUAACGUUGUCUUCGGUACUAGGAAAUCAACUCAUUGACAUUUACUGGUUAAUACAUACACAUGCAAGUUCGUUAUCUAUCCCGUUCAACAAAAAGAAAAUACGAAUCUGAUUGUCUUAAUGUUCUGUUCUUGAGACCUAGGAUUCGUAGACUGGUGGUUAGUCUGAUUGGUUGGGAUAUAUUUUUCAGAUCUUGUGCCACUUUCUCAAUCCGAAUGAUCGUCACCAUAGUUGAGGAACUUCUGAAAGAUUUUUCUCACUUAUAAACUUGGGUAAAAAUAGAACAAAUUUCGUAGCAGAAGGUCAUCUCAGAAGUGGGACACCAAACUCGUACUCCGAUGAACUUUACGUCCAGUCUAGUGUACAUUCACUCCUGUAACCUAAACUGCUAAGCUAUCACCGCGCUUUGAUUUCACGCGAUAGUGGAAGCAUACUACGACUACAAACUAUUGGUCUGACAGAAGUCAGACAAGUCAGAAUUCUUGGCUGUGUUCGAUGUAACGGUCGAAACUAGUUGGAGAUUCUAAGUGACGUUGCAAAAUAUGGUUUGGCUAUCGAUUGACGCUCGUUAGUUCUCUGAUUGAGCGCCAUCUUCCGAUCUUACAUUACCUCCACGGUUGGCUUCAAAUACGUCCUCCUGCCCAUACGUGAUGUGAGUCCUUCGCUGCGCUGUCGUGAUAUGAAGCAGCUAGUAACGAUGGUAGACCGUGUGCUGAUAACUGGGUGGUGUAUAUGUUGUAAUUGUAUGUACACUGGCAGUACCUAUUUAACCUCUUACCAGGGUAAGGUGUUGUACUCGUUGACGUCAGUUGAUGGCAGAACUACUAGUUAGCCGUUCUGUGCUGGGCUUGGUCAUAACCAACUCGGUAGUUAUCGGCUGCCAGCUCGUAAGUGUGGAUAUAAAGCCCACCAACGAAGCUGGGAAGUCACAUUGUCAUGUAAGUGAUGUCAGAUUGCUAGGCAGGCAACCUAUCGUAUUUUCAUAAGUGGCUCGAAUAAGAGUUGGUUUUACGUUGUAUAAGAUCACAAACUUGGCCAGUGUCUUGAAAUACUGAAAGAUUGUAUCAGCAAUGUAUUUGUAACACUGUCUUAGAUGUGGUUCGAGCAAUGUAUGCGUUGGCUGCGGGUUAGACGCUAUAUCAAGCGGACUACUCUAUGCAAAUUGAUCUAAAUACCCGUCCGCUUUACUGCGAGGCGUAGCACGUCCGGACAUCAGGCGUCCUUUUGUUGGCGUGUGCGUUUUGCUAUGGCGUCCCGAAAACUAGUCUGCUCACAUUCCUGUUUUGAAGAUGCACGGGACACUUGAUCUUUGAGCUAUGAUUCUCCUAAACGUCUGCAUUCCGUAAGUUAGUAGUUUAUUCUUCGACAUAACUUGUGGUUGACAUCUAGGCAUCUGUCAUCGAGAUAAUUUUUCUUCAUUUUCAGGCUGUCACAGAACCAACAAGAUUACUUGAGGCUUACAGUGAACAUUUGACGGACUCUGGUGGGAUUAUGCAGCAGUCCGUCUCUGCAUUGGUAGAGUUGAUGUCGUCGGCCAACCGUAAACUUGUUCCAAAAUGCAUUUCUUUGUGUAUUAUUGCUUCGUCGUCUCCAGAAACACAAUUGCAGUUAUGUAAAGAUGGCGCAUGGGAGAUAUUACUUAAAUGGCUUCAAGAGGCCCUCAAAGAGGAUAACUAUGCUUUUUUGUUAGAGCUCUUAAAAGUGUACUUGCUACUUCCUGUGAGAUUGGAGCAGCUUACCCAAAAUGUUUGUCCCAAACUUAUAAAUUCUUUGACGAAACGUUGUGAUCAUGAAGAGGUAAAAUCUGUGGCUGCUGAGAUUGUAAAAAAAUGGAAAGAAGUUAUAAGUUCUGAUUCCCGUCAGUUGGUCUGUAAGUUAGGUUUGUAUUACUUAAUAUAUUUUCAGCAAAUCAUGUAAAAAGGAAAAAAGUAGAAUCUGAAACAAAAACAAUUAACAAAGAUGCUCAGUCGCAUGACCCGUUAAAAGAUGAAAAGAAACGCCGGAGUACUGUUAAAAUACCACCUAAUAAUAUGCGGACAGCAGGUAUGGAAGAUACACCUGCACAACCCCAGCCUAAAUCUAGAUCAGAUAUAUUCGCGAAGAAAAACAAAGUCGAGCAUGAUAAAAGUCUGACAUCUGAACUCCCGAUAGAAUCCUUUCAUCAAAAAAUAACUGUUACUCCGACGGAAUCUCGCAAAGAGAUUCAUGAGAGUUCGGAUUUUAUCAAUGCACUCACCACUUCUCCAUGUCCCGUUGUUCGAAAGAAGAGGAAAAUAUCUCCUAAAAUUGAGCCAGUUGUACAAACUGAUCUCCAUACUAGCAAAGAAGAAAAUUAUACGGAGUUAUCUGAUCAGAGCAGUGCAUAUGAUUCAUUUUCGAACUCCCCUAAGGGAAUGGGCUCCAGAAAAUCUUCAUUGUCUAACAUCUAUUCAACCUUCCCUGCUGAUAAUAAACCUAAAAAACGAGUUUCCUGGGCUGAUGAGGACAAGCUACAGUCUUUCUACUAUUUUGAGCUAGAUGAGUCUGAGAGAGUUAAUGUGAAUCGAGUGUCCAUUGAGGAUAUUCGUCGCAAGGAACAUUCAAUGGAACGUCAGCUUUUCAAACGAUCCCACGAAGACACCGAUGUCUAUUCUCAGAAGGUAAGUUAAACUCGAUAUAGCUCCAAAGUUCGACGGCUUUAAGUAUCUGAAGCUAUCAAUAAUUAUGAGCUUUUAUAAUUAAAUUUAAUAUUAGUGAUGUAUAUAUUAUCAAGUAAUUGAAGAUGUUUCUUCUUAAAGCUUUUUUAUUUUAGGUUUUUAUUUUAUAACUUAAUUUUCAUUGAAUAUUCGUUUUAUCUUGAAUUUUAUUUCGAUCUUAUUGUACAUGUGGUUUUCUUUGAAAUAAAAUAUUUUUAUUCGAAUGAUUAAUUUUUUCUUGCAACUACGGUGGGUGGUUUAUUCACAAAAUAUCCAUAAUUUUGUUCUACUUGAAAGGUUUCACGUUAGCAAUAUAUCAGUCUCCACAUUACUGUGUUAAAAGUUUUUUUAAGUACAAGUACUAGUUAUCUGGUCAUUGCACCAACUUAUAUUUUCCAAAAUUCACCACACUCUGCAGACGGUCAUAUACUGAUGUUUACUUCUGAUGAUAUUUCUUUCAAUUCUUGUCAUCUGAGUGUUCGGCUAAUCUUUUUCGUUAAUAUAAAGCAUUCAACUACCACUUAGUCGUAUAUUUUGACUGAAAUCUAGGGCACAAUUAUAUAUGACCGUCAUUGUAGAAAGCUGCAUGUAAAUUCUGAUGUUAUCACAAAUAAGACUCCCUAGUUCGGAUGUCAGUUUUAGAUUGACUUGUACCUUCCGUUAUAAUCGGGUCUAACUCGUAACGCCCUGUGGUUUCUUACAUUCUUAGGGUCACUUCACACACUCGGGAAUCCGUGGGUUUGUACUAAUUAUAUUACAGUAGAGAAAUCAAGUGUGCAUUAUUAAACAAUCAAGAUAUUAACAUCACUUGCAUACAUAAUGUAGAUAAUAACCAUAGUUUGUACAAUAUGCCUUAGUAAGAUUCUCACAUCAAUCAUGACGGUCUUAUGUUGUGUGGAUGUUUUGCUCUUCUGAAUUCUUAAGUACCAACAUGACAACCUCUAAUCGACUGAUAAUUCUCAAGUUACCUUGCGAUUACUUCCAAGCUGAAUUAAAAAAUACGGUUGAGUGGAUGACUUCAGUGUUAAAACUUCUGUAGUGAUCUGACCAAACAUUUUCUACCAAGAUCUCGUAUUUUGUUCUGUGAGCACGCGUCACUGUAGUUGUGAGAAUGUAACACUUCUAGAUGUGUCUGGAGCCGAAGUGACUUGCCUUAGAACUGCAGGUGUGUGGCUGUAUUGUGUGAAACACAUCAUUAGUUGUUUCGUUACAUAUUCAGGUGAUAUCUCAUUCUGAAUGCAUUCAUGUGUCCUAACGUAUAGUAGAUUAUCAGUUCCAGAUAUCAUAGGCCCAAGUUACCUAUCAUAGUAUUAAUUGAAUACCAACUGGCACGGUCUUCUUGUGAACUAUUUGCGCGCAACAAAUUUCCUAAGACAUUCUAUCGUUUCACCGUAUUGCCUAGAUGGUCACUGUAACAUCCACGAAUUGUCAGCGGUUUCUUUUUGCAUAUUGAGGUACGUCCACUUGUGAUGCUUCGAUAAUCAACCAAAACAUGUCCUCGCGAAGCUUAUUCACGCAAUCCGAAAGCAAUAAACAUGAAUUUCGUCAGCGGCAGCAUAUGCCCAUAAAAUGUUUUUGCCUGGAUGAAAGUUGAGGGAGUCGUCUCCACAGUCUUUGUCACACCAGCUGACAUAAUUAAAUACUCAGGAAAAUACUAAAGUGUCUUCAGAGAUUAUGUUAAUAGAUCUGAGUAACUGCUGAUAAGCUGCGUCUUGCUAUUCCUUGAUCACUAAUUUAGCUGUUCAUUAAUAAAACGUCUAUAAAUCCGGUUGUGAUUUUCCGGAGGACUGGCAUACAAAAUUCAUGAGCGGACGAAACAUUUCUGUUAUAAUACUAGUAAAAAGAUUAUAAUCUGUAAAAUUGCGAAUUGGAAAUGUCUAGUUAAAUAUUCCCACAAGUAUAAAUUUUUGUCAAAGGAAUCCUAAAGAGUCGGUUAGUAUACUUUGGUGGAAUAAUCUCAUUAGGCUUACUUCCUUGCACAACGUGUUUAUUCUACGCUCCUUAUUUCCCAGAAGCUCUUCGUCGGUCAUGUGAAAUAUCGACGAUAAGCACAAUUGUUCGUCAACGACCAAGCAUGGAGUCUCAAUAAGCUGACUAGUCGCUAACAUUCCAAUAUGUCAAUGUCUCAAGGUAUUGGCUAUCGAGUUCCUAAACAAUACGUCAGACUGGAGUCCUCACCCGCUUUUCCUGUCGUUUUCCAAUUACUCUUGAUUAUGUUAUAAACAUGGAUCAGGAUAUGUAUGACUCAGUCAUCAAUGAUCGGCAAAUAUGAUUGUGAACUUUUUAACAUUCCACAAUUAUCUAUACGUUUUUCAACGUAUUCUUUUACUAUCAUUUUGUUCAUUAUGUUGGUCUGUGUCAGUAUUUGAUGUUUUUUUCUGCUUUAGUGAGAUUUAUACAAUUUCAUAAGUUUCCUUCCUAUUUCAAUUCCCCAUAACAGUGGCACCCUCCUUGUCCAUUAGAACGACUUCUCUUGGUCGAACCAGGUUGUAAAUCUAUUGAACGUCAGAUCCAAUUAGAACGAGAACGUUGUGUUCUGCAAGCAAUCUACUUUACUCGUGAAAGUAUCCCAUAUAGUCCAGAAGAGCCUGAUGCAGAAGUUGUGGAGCAUAUCGCUCCUCUUGAUAUACCAUUGGAUGAUGUAAGUUUAUUCUCCUUACAUAGUUACAAGCAGUAAUUACUAUAAGCUGAAAACACAACACAUAUUCACAGUUUCGUAUGAAGAUUGAGUGGUUUUAGAAAGUCUUACUCACUACCUUCUCGCGGUGAGGGUAUUGUCCACAAAUUGAGGGGGACGAAAAGUGAAUAUCUGGCAUUUUAACUGGGUUGGUGGGUAUAGAGGAUCCAGCCAAGGGAGUUGGAAAACUCUGACUUCAAACCAAUGGUGCACAUGAGCUCCAGGAUUCUGAGGGGAAAACGGUGUACAAACCUACUGUAGGUCACUGAUCGCCAUGCCAUUGCAUCUCCUAAAGUUGCUCCACUGCCUUGUGGACUAGACUUCUAAGUCUAAUGCUCGAGGAUUGAUCCCAUAUAUAUAUAUAUAUAUAUAUAUAUAUAUAUAUAUAUAUAUAUAUAUAUUUAUAUAUUUAUAUAUAUAUAUAGCGUCUCCUUGUAUGAAUGUUUAUGUUAAAAUAAAUAAGUGGUUUUGACACAUGACAUCUUUAUAAUAUAUUACUGAACAAACACUUCAGCUGUCCAACGUAUUAUAAAAGUCCUUGAAAAUGUAUGCAUUUAACUUGUUCCUGCUGCAGGAUAAUUUUUCAAUAACGGGUUGGUUUAAAAUACAUUUCCAGAAUAUUCCAUUGAAAUCACUAAGUUUCCUCUAUUGAAGGUGUUUUUGUUAAUUUUCUUAAUGGAAUUCUCUCGGUUGUCACAACAUUCUGUCAGGAUUUUAAAUGUAAGCAAAGCUUUUUAACUGUUAACUAAAAGCUAAAAUCUUUUAUUCUCGACGUUAAGUCGGCCGAACCUAUGAUUCUCAAACUAAGAUCCAAAUGGAUGACUAGUUAACAUGAUGACAUUUAGUAAUUCUUAAGAUUUCAUAUUCAAUUCUAAAUCAGCUCCAAUUAACGGUAUUCGACUAUCCCGAAAUAACACACUUAUUUUACGUAUCAGUGCUUUUGAAUGUACAACCACAAAUACUUGGAGAAUUACUGCUUACGAAUUCUGUACAAGUCCCAGACCACCUGACUGACGGUAGUAUUAAUUAUUAGUUUUCCCGAGCAUAUUUUACGUGAAAGUAAUGUAACUGUAGCAAUUAAACAGCUAUGUGUUAAGACAGUUAUGAUGUAUUGUAUGGAUCCCAUGAUUCUAAGGGAUUAAAUGAAAUUCAACAGUGUAAGAUUCCCUUCAGGAGUAUAAGGGAACUAUUGGACAGCUUUUUGCAUGUAAAAUAAGAUCACUAUAUGGGUUUUUUCAGUGUUGGGAUCCAUCAUUUGGUUAACCUUUUUUUAAAGAUAAAAUGUUAUGUAUGGUGAUUUAUAAGCAUGUUUGAUUUUUGUAACAAAAGGAUGUGUUUCUUUGUCCACUAGUCACUUUAUCUUGUGACAUUCACUCGUGUUUUUGUAAAGUUGUAUGUGAUCCAAAAAAUUAAAUUGGAACCUAACUCGUCAACAUAUGUCUUUGCAACAAACGUCUAGAAUGACAAAAUAUAUUACUGUGCUCUGUGAAACAAAUAUUAGCAGUGACGAACUAAAUUUCAUCUAUCUUACUUCAAAAUAUCUUCAUUUUGUGGAUUAGGUUAAGUUAAUUGAAGUUUUUAAUUAGCAAAAUCUUCAAAUAUCACAAUCGUUCAAUCAAUCCGACUUUCACUUGCUCAGAUGAACAAUGUAUUUGUCAAGUGUAAAGCUGUCUGAGAAAUACAUUGGUCAAUAAGAAACAUCAGCAUAACUAAUCUGGUUUGCCAUCUGUUUGUCCACUUUCUGAUGGUUCAUGUUAUUAAAAUCUGCAUCGUAAACAAUGUUGAUAAUAUUGCACUUCAGAAACAAAAUUGUGUUACCAGUGCUUUCGUUUCAAUCUGGAUAGUGAUGGUUAUUGAAAUCGGUCAUUGCUUUUUGAAAGGUGCGAUUGAUAAAUCUAAUGACCUUUCCCAUCAUCAAGUUCAUAAGUGCAAUCAAAAUGUCGAAAUAUAGAUCUACUAAUCUAUUAAAUGGACAUAUAUAAUAUGAAUUAAGUGGACAAUUUUCAACUAACCAUAGACAGUUCUUUCGAUCUGCGUUACCAUUCCUCACAUCUAUUCAUGACGUAUGCCAUGCAAUGCUUUGUUGCACUUAACUAAUCGAAUAGUGUGUUACCACAGUUUGUUACUUUAAAAUACAAAGAAACAAUGUUCUUAUCUUUAACACCUUGUUUGCGGAAACCAUAUUACAGAUAUUACUAAGCUGUGAUCAUGUUUUCGUAAACCACAAUCGUAGAGGAUAAACGACUAUUUUCACUGACAAGAAUCUAAAGAUUUUUGUACCAAAUAAUUUGAAAAAAGACCUGAAUUUCCUUAAUACCUGGCUGAAACACAUUUUCGUACCAACUUUGAACGUCUAUUAUGCAUGUUGUCACUCUAAUGCAGGAUUAAGUAUUUGCUGUCAUUCUAAACUGAAUUUUGAUCGCUUUUUGAUGGGAUCGUAUAAGGAUUGCCUCGAUUCAAACAUUUUGUCAUUUCUUGAAGAAGAGAUAGAUUGUGGUAAACGGGCUUGUAUUUGAAGCACGAAGUACUGCAGUUCAUCAUAUUUGUGUGUGGGCUGUGAUACUGCCCGGGUGCCCAGACCAAAGUAGGUGAUUUUCUUAGGAGGCCACACCCCGAGCCUUUGACCUAAAGGUCUAACCCACAAGGCAGUGGAGCAUCGUGAGGAGAUGCAGUCCGAUGGUAGCCGGUGAUUAACGAUUAGCUCAUACGCCAUUUGUUCGUUUAGGAUACUGGAGCCUAUGUGCACCAUUGGUUUGGAAUCCGGUUAAAGCGCCGGACAUUCGCUUUUCGUCCUCUCAUUUUUGUAAACAACACCCCCGCCACGAGAAGGCAGCGAGUAGGACUUCCCUGGCAGAGGCUGUAUACGCGUGACCGUGUGAGAGCAUUUCGAGAGGAAGAGCGUACUAUCCCCACUCCAAUGUAGACAACACUGAAAUGGAGAUACAUCCAGCUAACCAAUCCUAAAUAGGACGAAACGCGUGUCCUGGAUUCCACUGUUAGCCACAUCCAUAUAUUUGGUCGAGUGUUUGUUCAAUAACAGUUCACAUUAAACGAAUGUUAGUUAUGCCUUUUCAUAGUUUUGUUGGUAUCACACAGAUUAAUUUCACUUUGUUUUAUCCUCACAUGCGUUUGGAAAUCGACAUUUUGUUUUCUUUUGCUUUAUAUAUCGGUUUUUACCCAUAAAAUAUCAAUACUUCUCUUCCAGGCAAAUUUGAAGCUAAACGUGUUUGCUUGCAGAUUGGUUUUUCUUUUAUUAAACUUAUCAUGUACCUGGUAUAUAAACUAAAUCAAAUUAUCUGUAUUUUCUUCAGCUUACUGCCUACGAAUCAAUUGAUAAAAGUUCUGAAGUUAAUUCUGAGAGGCUAUUAGUUAUGAAAGAUGCCAUGGGAAAUCCACAGGCGAGUUUAAUCUCAGUAAUUUUCUCCGUCG